AUGCAGUCGUUUUGGAGAGCUCGAAAGAUCGACGAGGUGACGUCAGAUGACGAUAAGAUCGCUCCCGUGUAUCGCCUGGACGAGAUAUGCUCGGACGUGCAGUCGAGUGCAUCUGAGGUGGUGAAGGAGGUGGUUGAUUAUAUCAUGCAGCGCCUCAACCACUCCUCGCCCUUUGUCAAACAAAAGGCCCUGCGGCUGAUAAAGUACACGGUGUCGCGGGCAGGCACGGAGUUCCGGCGCAGCAUACAGCGCCACUCCGCCACCAUCAAGGGCAUGGUGCACUAUCGCGGACAGCCGGAUCCGUUAAGAGGCGACGCGCCAAACAAGGCGGUCCGGGAGGCGGCGCAGGAGGCGGUACAGGCGAUCUUCAACCCUCAGAACGACGUCAAGCCCGGCGCAGGCGCCAUGGGGGUCGUUGGUGCCGGCGGUGGUGCGUCUACCGGAGGUGGCUAUAACGGGUAUGGGCCCAGUGGCGGGAUGGAAGGCGGGCGGCGUCGCAUGGAGGGAUUCGGAAGCACCCCAGCGAGGGGAGACGGGGGUGCUGGGGGCGGCGGAGGGGGAAGGGGCGGCGGAGGAGGAGGCGGAGCAGGGGGAAUCGGCGCUGUGUUGGGUGUGAGUAGUGAGUCGAUCCGGCAGGGGAUUAGCAAGCUUGCGGGCGUGGUGGGGCAAGGAGCAGGAGGCUCCGCGCGGGGGAAGGCGGGCGGGGGGGAGUUUGAAGAGGCAGCAGGUGGGGGGAGCUACGUUGGGCCGCGGUUGGACUCGGUGGGGGGCGGUGGGGAUGCUUAUGGGUAUGGAGGCAGCGGGUAUGGAAGCAGCGGGUAUGGAGGCAGUGGGUACGGGCACGGAGGCGGUUCGUCUGUUGCGUCUAAGUACGUGGGGUUUGACCGGCAGGGACGCACGUUCGACGCGUCUACUAACUCGUACUCGCCUGCUGCGCCGCCUGCGGGUUACUCUGGGGCGGGGAGGGACAGAGAGUAUGGGUCGGACCGAGGGUACAGAGCAGGGGGGGGUUAUGGUGGUGGGGGGGGGGGGGAUAUGGAGGAGGGGGGUGCGGAAGAGGACAGGGCAGGAGGGUGGGGCGACGGGGGGCAGCAAGGGGAGGGACGCACUGAGGCGAGCGCAUGGGGAGGGGCGUCUGGGUCUGGGGACGGGAUGGGGGGAGGAGGGGGCGGAGCAGGCGGAGGAGGGGGCGGAGCGAGCAGUGAGGAGGAGCGACUGGUGGAGGGCAUGACUGGGGCGGGCGGGGUGCGGCUGCAGCCGACGCGCGAGGCCCUGAGGGGCUUCAUUGCGAGUCUGCCGAAGCUGAACGCGGGCGUUGUGGCCCAGGCGCUGGAGGCCCGCCUGCUCAGCAACCUGUGGCAGACGCGGCUGAAGGCCAUGUGUGUGGUGGAGGCGGUGGUGAGGCAGGAGGGCGAGCCUCAGUGCGACGCCAUCUACGACUUUUUCGCUGACAACCCCCAUGCGCUGCAUGAGAACGUGGACUCGCCUCAGACGUCCCUCAAAGACAAGGCCAGACGGGUGCUUGACCUCUUGGGCCUGGGGCACCAGCAAGGGGGGCAGCCUUCCCCCCACACACCACCACCCGCAGCUGCAGUUGUGCCUGACUUGAUCGACGUGGGGGAGGGGGGCGAGACGGAGGGAGGGGAGGCAGGGGAGGGAAGAGGAACAGAGGUAGGGGCGAUAGCGAGUGGCGAUUCGUCCGGUUCGCAGGCGCCUGGUGUGACGGGAUUAGAUGACUUGCUAGGAGGGGGCAGCAUGGACCCUUUCAGCACACUCGAGUCCACUCCUCCUCCUUCGUCUGCUCCUGCUACAGCCGCUACACCUACUACAGCUACUGCAGCUGUAGCUCAGGACCCGUUUGCUGGUCUCUCUGCUGACGUCACAGCACAAACGGCCGACCUCUUUCAAGGUCUGAGCGUCAACAGUGAAGGCGGUGAUGCUGCUGCUGGUGCUGGUGGUGGUGGUGGUGGUGGUGGUGGAGGCGUAAAGGGGUGGAUCUGCAUGGUUGGAGGGCCAGGUGGGAUGGUGGGUGCUGCGAAUGGAGGAGGGAGGGUGGGGGAUGACUUUGAUUUCUCGGGGGAUCCCACACUGCGCCCGGUUCCUGCUAGUGCUUCCACCAAGGAGGACUCGCACGCUUUCGACUUUGUGUCGGAGCACAUAGUGGCAGCCAUGGGGACGAAGAAGGGGCCACCAGCUUCAGCCAUGCGCUCGUCAUAA